CUCCUCGCCCGCAUUCCUCAUACUUCAACGCUUUGAAAAGAAUGGAAAUAUAUCCCUUUGUCUCUCUUAACUUCAUAAUUCAUUCUUAAGUCCUGUAGAGUGUUGCUCAGCAUGAAGUCUCUCAGGAUAAUCCGCCCUACGGCACAGGUCUUACGUGCCGUCACCUCAUCCGCUUCCUCGACCGCAACUGGCCGCCAGUACUCGACGAGCCCUCCAAAUGCCCGGCUCAACAUACCGACAGACUUCUCCACAACCCCAAUCCUCAGUCACUCCUCUCAAUCAGCUCUAAGAAACCCCGAGCUCUCAGCUGAAGUUCGAAACAGCACGACGAAGCGCAUGAACCUGUUCCAAGCCAUCAAUGACGCACUCUCGACCGCUCUGGCAACAGACGACUCGGUGCUCCUCUUCGGCGAAGAUGUGGCCUUCGGAGGAGUAUUUCGAUGCUCGAUGAACCUGUCACAGAACUUUGGCAGCGACCGCGUCUUUAAUACACCGCUUACUGAACAAGGAAUCUUGGGUUUUGGGAUUGGGCUGGCGGCCGAAGGAAUGCGGCCUGUAGCCGAGAUUCAGUUUGCGGAUUAUGUAUACCCGGCUUUCGACCAGCUGGUGAACGAGGCGGCCAAGUAUAGGUAUCGUGAUGGAACGAAUGGGAGGGGUGUUGGAGGCUUAACCGUUAGGAUGCCUUGUGGUGGGGUUGGUCAUGGUGCUUUAUACCACUCGCAAUCUCCAGAGAGUUUAUUUACACAUAUCCCCGGCCUGCGCGUCAUCAUGCCUCGCGGUCCCAUUCAAGCAAAGGGCCUGUUACUGGCGGCCAUCGCCUCGAACGACCCUUGCAUCUUCAUGGAGCCCAAAGCCCUCUACCGUGCUGCGGUCGAGCAAGUCCCUGUCUCUUCAUACACUCUCCCUCUAUCAUCCGCCGAGAUCCUCAAGCCAGGUUCCGACGUGACUGUGGUCUCAUACGGCCACCCUCUCUACACGUGCAGUGCGGCGAUCGAGCACAUCGAGAAGGACUUGGGAUUGAGCGUUGAGUUGAUCGAUUUGAGGACGGUAUACCCGUGGGACAAGGAGACUGUGCUGAAGAGUGUGAAGAAGACGGGACGCUGUGUGGUGGUUCAUGAGAGCAUGAUUAAUGCGGGUAUCGGGGCUGAGGUUGCCGCCGCUAUCCAAGAAGAUAAGGAGACGUUUUUGAGGCUGGAGGCGCCGGUGAAGAGGUGUGCGGGAUGGAGUAUACAUAUGCCGUUAUUGUAUGAGAAGCUCAAUAUCCCAGAUGUUGCGAGGAUUUAUGAUAGCAUUAAGCAGGUCACUGAGUAUUAAGAGCGUUGAUAAAUAUAUAGAUAAGAAAUUGAAGUUGCAAAUUCAAUAA